CUUCUGUCAUGAUUAAUAACUGUGAAGUACAACGUGUCCUUGUUGACACCGGGAGUGCACCAGACAUCAUGUAUUUUCACUGUUUCGAGAGUCUGGGACUGGAUCCAGCAUUGUUGCAGAAGUAUGAUGGUCCCAUCUAUGGUUUCGACAACCAACCUGUUCCGGUAGAAGGAGUUCUUACCCUCCAUGUGGCUUUUGGGAGUGGUCGGACCUAUGUCGCCCCUUCAGUCCGGUUCCUCGUCGUCAAGAUGGCCUCUUCUUUUAAUAUUGUUAUUGGCCGACCCACAUUGACCGAAAUCCGAACUGUGGUUUCCCAAUCUCACCUCUGCAUGAAGUUCCCCACUCCUAUGGGAAUAGCAACACUGCGAGGAAAUCAGGAGGUGGCCAGACACUGUUAUAUCACCUCGGUAACACAACCAACGAAGGGCAAAAAUAAAACACCCGAGGUCAUUCCCCAGCAAAUUCCUGAUAAUCAGCAGGUAAUGGGUGUAGAGAUCGUUGAUAAUCGACUGGAUGAUGAAACCAGAGCUGCUCCGGUUGAAGAUGUUGAAGAAGUGCUCGUUGAUGACAGAGAUCCGAGCCGAAAAACGCAGAUCGGAACUAGAUUGAGCCCGGAAGAGAGAGCAGAACUGAUAGCUUUUCUCCGAGCUAACAAUGAUGUAUUUGCAUGGACUUCGGCGGAUAUGCCAGGAAUUCCAACUUCAGUAUGUCAACAUAAGCUCAGUACCAACCCGUUGAAGAAACCAGUGGCCCAGAAGCGGCGUCUCUUUGGGGGGGAGAGGCUUCAGGCUGUCAAAGAAGAGGUGGAGAAGCUUCUACAGGCAACACCUCUGUUCCCUUUUGCAUAUUCUCAAUUGUGCAAAGUGUUUCACCUCGGCCUUCAACCACAAUAAUGCUGCAUUACAUUUCACCUCGGCUUCGGCCACAGUAACCCAAUAUCACACAUUUUAUUUCGGAUACGGGCAUUAUGACCUCAG